UGAGCGCGUAUCAGCUGAGCGCGUGAACGCCGCUUUGGUCGCGCGCGCUCCCGAGAGGGUGGAGGUUUGGAAUCUGGAGAGGCGCGGCUGUCACAACAAGCAGGAAGUAAACCCCCCGACAGCAGCAGAGUUCUCGAGUGUCCUCCCUCAGCAGGCGAACUUCCCCGUGACCGAUAAUGUCGAGCAGCGGCCUCCUCCGACGCAUCCCCAGGACUCCUCGGCCCUCAACACCGGUGCUGGUGUGUUCAAAGUUGGCAGUUUGCGUCUUCCCCGUGGCUCAGAUCGCCAUCGGUGCGGUCCAUCUGGAGGACUGUCCCCUGCAGCGCUACAUCCCCAUCUACCUGAUAGUGGUGGGAGUCUUUGGGCUGGCGCUGGCGGUGCUCUCCUGCCUGCCGUGCACCAAAAGCCCCGAAGACGACCCCGAAGGCGGGGCCCCGUCCACCCCGCUGAGUCUCGUCUGCGCCGCCUGGAACUCGUUGACGUCUCUAUUCCUCUUCUGCUGGUUUAUAGCCGGUAAUGUGUGGAUCUACUCCAUUUACGAGCCCAACUACAUCAAGAACUCAACAAGUGCUGAACCCUACUGCGACAAGACCCUCUACCUGUUUGCCUUCUGGACCACCACCUUGCUCUACAUCUUCCUGGGUCUCUUCCUGGUUUGCGGCUUCUGCGUCCUCUUCUGCUUUUGCCUGUGCGGUCGAGCCGACCCAGACGACGACGUUCCGGGACCAGCAAACCGGCGAGGCGGCGUCUGACGAGGCGGUCGCCAGACCCGAACUGCCUCGCGUCGAUGCCCACCGGAUUCCAAGAUGCUGUAGAUUUGUCACUUCGGAAGAUGUCCAAGAGAUACCCGAGAUGUAUUGUUUACACGUUGAAGAGUUUGACUUGCACUUGAUACAGAGUCCGAGAUAAAAUGAUAAAUAUAUUUUUUAUCUCUUUGAGAUCAUUUUGCGGAGUUUCUUUUUUGUUGAUAAUUUGUGUCAGAAGGCGCUUUAUAAAACAAUCUUUCCCAUCAUGCACUUUAAUAGAAGACGAUUUUGUGUCCAUAUUAGAUAACAUUUGAUGCCCAAGUAAUGGCAUGUUUAAAGGGGCAACAAUUAUGGUUUUAGGAUUCCUUUCUUCGUCUGUUAUGUAACAUUGAAUCACAACGCUAAACUUUCAGAUCAAAAAGGUACCGAUGAGACUCACUGCCAGAAUUGAUAUAAUGUAAAGAACCUCUGAGAGUGAGGAGUACUUUAAUAGAUUGUUACUUUAUGUAUUUUAUCUUGGACAUUUUAUUACGGCAGCCGGUGGUUUUCUGUUUGCGCUUUUAUUUUGAAGUAAAAACGAAAGUGCGCAGUGAUAAGCGGGCCGAAACCAAAAAGACGUUAAAAGGACGGAAGAAGGCAUUAAAACAUGGGGAAAAGUUACGGUUUUAUUAGUUUAUGGGCCCAAGGGUUAGUACCUGUUCAAGGUUAUUCUUUGUGAAAUAUUGUUUUAGAUUAUUACGUUUUUUUUGUGUAAGAUAUUAACAAGGUUUCAUAUUUAUUUUUCCUCUUAGAUGUUCAUUAACAGACUUAUGGACCAACAGUUUAAGACUCCGGACCAUUAUUCAGCCGGGGAGGCUACACAUAAGACGAUUAAAUACAUUAUGUUUAUUUACCAAGACAGGGAACUCCGUAAAUAUAAGAAAUACAUUUCUCCUGAUCAGGGAAUUCUGAUCUCAGAGCAUUUUAUAAAACCGUUCUGUUCAAUCACAAGACCACCUUUGUAUGUUGAAGAUCACCGACCCCCAGCCUGACCUUUCUGACGCAUGACAAAAGGAGUCCUGCCUCAUAUACUUGGCUGUUAUUCGCAGCUUGGCAUCGGCUCACAGAGAGGUGGAUAACCCAUCGGAUUAAUUGAUUACUGCUCCGAUGAUUGAACUGCCUUUAAAAAAAAAAACAUUACUACGGCUUUUUUGUUCUUCAUGGAUCGUCAGCUCAAUUUCGAGCUGGUUUCGUUAUUACAUUAAAUGUUUGUUACUUUCUA